UGUGCGUCCUUCAGACAUUUAGUACAUGUACGCCCGUCCCUGAUAUCCUUCAUCCAGACAUGGCUAGACUCCAUUUUACAUUUCUGGCGUUGAAGUUUGUUAUAUUUGGUUUGGGAUGGCAUCAUACGGAAGCUAUUGCAAAGUGUCGUGAUGGUUGGAUACAGUAUGAACAAUCAUGUUACCUCUUUGUCACUUCGUCUGAGACAUGGGUCGAACACAUGCAACACUGUAUUGAUGUUGAUGGACAUUUGGCGACAGUUAACAACGCAGCAGAGAAUUCAUUUCUUGAGGCAGAAGUGCAGAGGCGACGUGUAUCGUUUUGGAUAGGAGGUACAGAUAUAGACAAAAACAACACUUGGGUUUGGAUAGAAGACAAUACACCUCUUCCCAUGCCCCCUUGUGGUAGGUCUAACAAUUUCUGUGCGUGGGGCGAGGACGAACCGAAUAAUUUGCACAGACACCAACAUUGCCUGGAGCUAAACAUCUACGUUCAUUGGAAUGAUAACGAAUGCACGUUAUCACGCGGAGCAAUUUGUGAAGCAAAACCAAAACCACAUGGCCACUGGAUAACACUCGGGUAACAGUUCUUUAUAGCUGUACGUGUCACUUAGCUAAUAAAACUGCGUCGUAA